AUGGUCUACGCGUGCGUCAACGUACUCGUGAUGGAGGCAAUGCGCCACCUGAAAACCCUGGAGGCUAAGAGCACGUUCAAGCAGUACACCUCUUGGAUUUACCACUACAAGAGGUGGGCAGCGAAGAUGCUGAAGGAAAUACGCGACAAGCUUCCGGGUGAGGAAAGAACGAGGCACGUCAAUGAAAUCGGACACUGGAUCCACUACAAUAAGAGCAAGGAUUGGGACAACGAGAAGGUGGUCCGGCGUAAGUACAUCUGGCUACAAGGCCUGCGCAUCACUGAGACGCGACUUCGCGCCUACAUCAAGUUCUUAAGGCGGGAGUACAAGAUCGACGACGAGACGAACGCGCCGGUGAAAUCGAACACAGUGCACAUGAUCCUCGGCCGCAUCAAGGCCUGCCAGAUGGCGGCGAGGGUGGAGGCGACUCUCUACAAGGAGAAGGAGUUGGGCAUCAUGCGGGAAAUCUCGGUGGUCCGGUCGGAGGUGCUCACGCUACUCUCCCACCACAGUCUCCUGCGCAGGGCCAACAUCCGCGAAAUCACACUCCCCGACAUCUUGUUGUACCGUCUGGCUAGCACCUCGUUGGUGAACCUGGAAAACCAGCCGGUCGUCAUGGUGAUCGCCGCGCGGAAUUCGAAGACGUCCAAGGAUGCGUGUCUUCAGCAGAGCUACGCGGCGCGGCACCUCGAAGCAGAGUUGUGCGCCGUCGGCGAGACCGGCCUGUGGAUGCACUUCAUCCUCGACCAGAUCCGUCAGUUUCACGGCGUCGACCUCAUCCCGCCGGUGGACACCAGCACGCGCGAGCGCUGGUACAAGAAGCACAUGUUCUUUGCCCGCAAUGACGAGGAGCAAAUGGAAAUCCCUGCUGCCAGCCACCAGCGAUGGACGAGGCAGAUGUGGAAGACGAACGGUGUGCUCUGCAAGCGGAACGUCCAUGCCGCUCGAGCAGGCGGGGCGCAGGAGCUGGCCAUCGACGGUACAUCUCGCGCCGAGAUAGCCGAGCUGGGUCACUGGGCGAUCAACAAGAUGACUCGAGCUUACAUCACCGCCAUUCUCGUCAGCGUGGUGAUGAAGAAGGCCGGCUAUUCAGUCGCGACACAAGAAGCACUCGCGAAGAGGGUGCGCCGCAUGAUGAAGGUCAUUGAUGUAGUGCGCCAUCUUUGCCGGAGCGACGGCGAGGCCGACACAGAAGCCGUCGUCGCAUCGCUUAACAAGAUAGCGAUGCCUGGCAUUGGGACCUUCUCGGAUGCCCUCACGGUGCUCAACGCUGACGCCGUAGCGACGUACUCCCAGCCGGGUAAGGGCGUCAAGGGGCUCGGCAAGAGGGAAGUUUCCAAGCUUCGUGUUGCCUGUGCGUUCGUGGCUCGCGGCCUGAAGCCAGAACAGUGGGUCGCCGACCUGUUCCCUGACACCUGGAAGGAGCAGAUGAAGAUGACGUUGGCCGACAUGGCCCGAGAGGACGCUGGGCAGCUGCCUCCGACCAAGACGUCGACCAAGCGCAAGAAGACCGCGUAA